AAAGCUUCGAAGAAGUAAAUGAUGUACAAUUAGUCGAAACCAAUCGGCGCGAGUUCCGCGCAAUCGAUAAAUUUGUAAUUGUUUCGCUUCGUUUUCUGGCAGUCCUUCGCUCUGUGGUGCGCGUGUUGAGUUAUCGAGAAUUGCUAAAAGCGUCGCGAUAAUCAACGGGACGGAAGUUCAGAUAAGGGUACGCGUGCGCGCGACUCGAUGCUGCAAGCUGUGAACGUCGCUGGAAACCUGUGAUUCUAUGAUAUCGCGCAGCUGGAAAGUCCCAUUUCAUUUAUUCAAGCUUCUUAACGUUAUCAUGCAACAAAUAUAAAACUUUGGAAAGCGCGAUAUAUCUGAAGAAUCUCGCAGUAAGAAAAUAAAUCAAAGAACCGGGGGAAAAAUUCGAGAGUUUGUGAGAGUGAAACGCAAAGCGAUGCGCAUUAGACUUGUACGCUCCUGAGAACGAUUGUCGGAAACGAUGUUCCAGCUGCGCAUGAGAAGGGCGAAACGCACGCGCUCUUAUGCUCCGUUUACGCUUACACCUUUUAUUUUUUUUUUUUCUUCUUCUCAAUUUUCUUCUCUUUUUAGGGAUCUCGAAUGCUGUUCGAAUGCAUGGAUAGAACAGAGAACCGACGUCAGAAGACGAAUCGAGGCGCGUUCGUCGGAUCAACGAAGCGUGUGCGUUUAACUACGAAGAAGGGACGAAGUCAGGAGAACGGAGAAAGAGGAGACGUUCAGUUAAUUACCGCUCGGCGUGUGGUGUUCUCAGCAAUUAUCAUACGAACACAGAGUUAGAACAAACGCAGUGUGUCGCAGCGUACGAUUCGGUUUUCGACCUGACGCUGCACUUGCAUCGCGUUAACCUGCUCGUCGACAGUGCGUGACGCCCGCUCCGCUAGAGUAUCAACACCGCGAGGCGGCAGCCAGUUUACGUCCCGUAAGCCGAUCCGCCGCGCCGUCAGCGUGCUCCCCUCUUAUAUGGCCAUGGUCGUGCUAUCGUUCGUAGUAGCGUUGUCGUUGAUGACGGCCUUCGCGAACGCCGAGAGCAUCUUAAUGACAGAGGUGUUCGUCAUUCCGAUCAGACCGGAGACUUUCGACUGGAGCGGCGACGCACGAACCGACCAGUUUUCGUAUCAGCCCUCGUUGCUAAAUGCGCCUGAUCUUCCUUCCUGGAUUCAUUACACGUACAGCAAAAGGGAUCAUCACGGCUUCUUGUACGGUGUCGCACCCAAGGAUCGUAAAUACUUCCAGCUGGAGAUCGUAGGUCUGAACAAACACACCUACGAAACCAGGUAUAAGGUUCUGGAUAUGAACGUCCUUGAAAAGGAAAACCUGACCAAGUACGAAGUCCAUUUAAAGAUCGAUAAUUUAAACGUGGAGGACAUGUUCGACCGCAAUAGAACCGAAGAGCUCCUCGAUAUAUUUAGGUUUGUCGAUAAAACUCAAGGAAAGACGAGCCUCGAUACUAUACUAUUUCCAAUACGUUCUAUGAAGCGCCUGGUCAAGCUUUCCCUUCCCAUUCUUUUUAUUUACAGAAAGAGAUUAUGGAAAAACGCGAUGGACUUGUACGUGACUUUUCUAGCGUCCGCCGUCGAACUCGGCGCUCGUUUGCCUCUGAAACCGAGCGAAGGUGAAGGAGUCGUCAUAAGGCUAGGAAGUUCAAUGCCAUUCUCGCAAGAGCUAAACGAACUCCAGGAAGAAGUGAAACCUCUAUGGAAAUUACCGUUUUGUCCUCGAGAUUUUAAGAGGACCAGCGUCGAGCGGCUUUUUAGAGAGGCGGAAUUUGCGCUGGAUUGGUGCUCGUUCAGACUGGUCGAGCAGGAACAACAGAGUUUGCAGCACGAAAGCGCGAGACGAGGACCGAGCAUGAACGUAUUGGAUUUACCAGCGUCUGGUAUUUCCGAGCACACGGAGUGGCGUUGGGCCAGGUCAACCAAAGCUAAUAUUCCCACGAGAAGCUACUUCGAAGAAAUUGCAACCACGAUCUUCGUCCCGGUGAUCCUGCUCCUUGUAUUGGCCGCUUUAUUGAGCACGGUGUUGUGCCUCGACAGAGAAAAAAUGCACGAUCCUGAGUCAGAGCAAUAUUUUCACGAAUUGUUUAACAUCUUUCUUCUCAAAAAACAAAGAACCAGCGAAAAAAGGGAAACUUCGACGGGGGAAGGAGUUAGCAACAACAACAUACAAAUGGUCCAGUACGCUGCCAUCGAAAGGGGUACCUUAAAAUCGCUCUCUGCUCAACCAUCCAGCCCUAAUGAUUCCUUGAUACCAAGCCCCAGGAUUUCCAACGAACGUUGCAAUCCAUACAUUCGACCAAAUCCACCACCUUAUACUGGACCAAGUAAUUUAGCGGGAAUUCGGGCAGAUUUCUGACUACACGAGGAGCCAGCAAAAACGUGGUUUUGCUGAAUUAAUAACGAUUUACAGUCGUGACUACGAAGAAAAUCGCAAAAUCAUUGAGACUGGCUCCGUAUUAUCUGUUGCUUCAUAAUUUGAUAUGGGUAACAUGUAUUACAUAUAUUGGUUUAAAAUUGCGUAGAUUUGAUAAAUUGCACAAAAUGACGAUAGUAACAACAUAUCUUCUAUUAUAUAAAGGAAUCUCACUAUUAGUAUGGCACUAAUUAGCACGUAUGUAAACUUAAUAUUUAUUUAUGAGAAAGUAAUGUAUAUAUAUAUAUAUUUAAUAUUUAUAUUCAAAGUUUUAGCUAGUUUUCAUGCUAAUCAUCUUAAGAUACUUAAGUACAACGGUGCUACAAGCAAUGUUAGUUGAUGAAACAUUUUAUUAACAUUUUAUUUAAUAACCCAGUCACAGAACUACGAUAUGUACUUUCAUUCAAAAUUUUCCAUAAAAUAAAAAGAAUUUGCGAAAA